AUGGAAAUGUAUUAGCUUCUGGUAGUGAUGACCAGUCUAUUCGUUUAUGGGAUGUCAAAACAGGAUAAUAAAAAGCCAAGUUAGAUGGCCAUAAAUGGUAGGUUAACUCAGUCUGUUUCUCUCCUGAUGGAUAUACAUUAGCUUCUGGUAGUGUCUAUUCGACUAUGGGAUGUUAAAAAAGGAAAAUAAAAAGCCAAAUUAGAUGGUCAUAGUGAUUAUGUUUACUCAGUCUGUUUCUCUCCUGAUGGAAUUACAUUAGCUUCUGGUAGUGGUGAUAAGUCAAUUCGAAUAUGGGAUGUUAAAAAAGGAAAAUAAAAAGCCAAAUUAGAUGGUCAUAGUGACACCAUCUGGUCAGUCUGUUUCUCUUCUAAUGAGAAUACAUUAGCUUCUGGUAGUGGUGAUAAUUCUAUCUGUCUAUGGGAUAUCAAAACAGGAUAAUAAAAAGCCAAAUUGGAUGGUCAUUAUAAGAAUGUAAGGUCAGUUUGUUUUUCUCCUGAUGGAAAUACAUUAGCUUCUUGUAGUGAUGAUAAGUCUAUCCGUCUAUGGGACAUUUAAACAGGAUAAUAGAUAGCCGAAUUAGAUGGGCAUAGUGAUUAUGUUAGAUCAGUCUGUUUCUCUCCUGAUGAAAAUACAUUAUUGGCUUCUGGUAGUUAUGAUAGGUCUAUACGUCUAUGGGAUGUCAAAAUAGGAUAAUAAAAAGCCAAAUCGGAUGGUCAUAGUAAUUGUGUUACUUCAGUCUGCUUCUCUCCUGAUGGAUGUACAUUAGCAUCUGGUAGUUUGGAUAACUCUAUCCGUCUCUGGGAUGUUAAAACAGGGUCAUAGAAAGCCAAAUUAGAUGGUCAUUAAUAUUAAGUCAACUCAGUCUGUUUCUCUCCUGAUGGAUAUACAUUGGCAUCUGGUAGUAAUGAUAACUCUAUCCGUCUAUGGGAUGUAAAAACAGGAUAAUAAAAAGCCAAAUUGGAUGGUCAUAGUGAAUAUGUUAAGUCAGUAUAUUUCUCUCAUGAUGGAAAUACAUUAGCGUCUGGUAGUAAUGAUAAGUCUAUCCGUCUAUGGGAUGUAAAAACAGGAUAAUAAAAAGCCAAAUUAGAUGGUCAUAC